GCCCUGAAAAAUCAGAGUAAAAACCCUAAUAUGUGGAAGAUGCCAAUACCAAUUCCAAUCUAUACAACAUUUUGCCGCCAUUUUAGCAGCUCUCUACCAAAACGUCCAAUAUUUACGAGUGUGCCAUGGAAGUACAAGAAUCAAGCAAUCAAACUAGCUCAGCAAGCUUUAACAGAUUAUCUACACUCAACAAGGUCACUACCAUACACUUAUGCAGAUCAAAUAAGCAAGAAUUCUCUUGUUUCGCUCUCAAAUCUAGUAUCCAACAUUCAUUUCACUUCACCAACAUUCGCUACUUCACUUCAGAAAUAUCUCAGGUACCAUCCCAUUAAUGAAUUAGAGUUUUUUUAUGAAAGUAUUGGAAUUGAUUACGAUGAGGUUAGUGGGUUUUUGUCUAAUGACAAGUUUUUUAUUUCUGAAGAGGGGAGUGCUAUAAAUGUUUCUUGUGUGCUUUGUGAUUUUGGGUUUCCCUGGAAUAAGUUGGGGAUGUUGUAUAAAGAGGAGAAACGUGUUUUCAGUAUGAGUGAAGAGGAGGUGAAGUCCAGGCUUUGUGGGCUUAAGGGUUUUAGGUUUAGCACUACGUCGGUGAUUGGUAUUUCCUUGGCGUUUCCUUUUGUGUUGAGAGGUGAAUUGAGUGGCGAGAUUGGUGCUUUGUUUGAUGAUCUGAAAAGGGUUUUUGUGGAUUUUGAUUUGGAGAGUUGUGUUGAAGGAAAUGUGGAUGCUUGGUAUGAGGUUUGUAGGAAAAUUCGGGUGUUUUAUGAUUUGGGCUGUGAGAAAGGGAAAGUAGGGGAGUUGAUGGGGAAGAGUAAAAGAAUUUUUGUUGAUUACCCAUUAGAGGUUUUGGUUCAAAAGGCUGAGUUUUUUUGUAAAUUUGGUGUUAGAAAGGAGGAUGUUGGUUUGUUAUUACUAAAGAAGCCAGGAAUUUUGGAUUUUCAGUUGGAUGGGCAGGUAAUUUCAGUUGAGGGGUUGUUGAAGCAUUUUGGGUUGAGUGCUGAAGAAUUGAAAUCUGUUGCUCAAAAUUAUGGCCAUGUAUUUGGCAGAAAUAAAAUGGCCAAUUUGCCUCAUGUGAUGAGAGCUAUGGAGUUACAUAAGUGGUUUUUCAAUAAAAUUAAGGAUGGAAAUCAUCAAUUGCUUGCUAGUUAUGUCAUGAGUGAUCCUGAUGAAGAUUUGGAUGAAAAAUAUAGAGAUGGCUUGGAAAGGAUCCAAUGUACAAGAACGCCCAUGCAUACAAUGAAUAAGUUGGAGUUCUUGCAUGCAAUCGGGUUUGGAGAGAAUGCUUUAACUAUUAAGGUAUUAACUGACUUGCAUGGUACUAGUGGUGAAUUACAAGAACGAGUUGGUUGCCUUCUUCGUUAUGGGAUUGUAUUCUCGAAGCUUUGCUCGAUGAUUAGAAUGAUGCCAAAGAUCCUUAGCCAAAAGCCUGAGAUACUGCAGCAGAAAUUAAACUACCUUUGCGAGGACAUGAAAUCCUCCUUGCAGUACCUUGAUAUUUUCCCUUCAUUUUUGUGUUUUAACCUGGAGAAUCGGAUUAAACCAAGACAUAGAUUUCAUAUGUGGCUCACAGAAAGGGGUUUCUGUAAGCAGGAGUACUCCAUUGCAAGCAUUGUUGCAACCAGUGACAAGAGUUUUGUAGCUCGCUUACAUGUAAUUCACCCAGAUGCUCCAAAACUUUGGGUUGAUUUUUCUCAUUCAAAAGCCCACUGAAAGAUGGAGAACAGUAAAAUAUGGUGAGUCAGUGUGAUAAUCUUCUUGGCAGGUAGAUACUUCUGACAAUUACUGUGAACAGUGUUUUGAAUUUUUUCAUUCAUGUAUUAGAUGGAUGUGUCAUGUUCGUUGAUAUCUUGCUGACUUGCCCGGGGACACCUGCAUCUGUCUUUUUCCUCAGUCUCUGGUUCUAGCCGUCAUGUAGCAUUGAAUUCAGCAGCGUUGAUUUGAUCUUCCUGGGUGCGGCCUUGAGAAAAUUCCAACAAGUUUCGCGCAACAUUUGGAAACAACCGGGGUUUGUUCCAUGUUAAAUGACCAUUGCUGUUGCAUAUUUUCAUCCCUGUCAGCAUAUGGAGGGUGCAUUGAAGUCCCAGGGAUGUGGACGACUCGUGGACAAUCUCACUUCUCAUGAAACUUGCACCUCCCCUUUCUCCUCUCCCAAAUAAAGUGGACAUGGAAGCUGGAGAAAGCUGAUGGCCAGGCUGCUGAACUCUGAUGUUGGAAGUAGCAGUCACUAUACCACAAUUCUUUCUUCCAAAACAUUACAAAGACACUGCUUGUCUAUGAUAAGAAACUGAUGUAUGGUGAUGUUUAUUCUCACGCAGUUUUUGUUUCUAAUGGCAAGCUCUAAGAUAUUUAGGGAAGUAAUUAUCUACUCUACUAAAAAGGAAAUGAAUCCCUUCACCGUUCAUAUUUUCUUUUUCCUUCUUUUUUU